CCGAAGGACCAUGUUUCUGCAUAAAGAAAGUUUAUCUAAGUGAUACAUUAUUCUUGAUCUCGUGAUCUGAUUUUCAUUGGUGAUGCGUUUUCUACGAUUACAUUGAUUGAUUAAAGAAAGUGGUACAUGUUGAGUGUUGCUUUAGAAGUGAACUCCAAAUAUUGAUAACACCAAUCGAAUAAUUACUCGUGGUACCAAGUGACAAUAUUUAUGCUUUGGCAAAGUCUUAGUGGUGUGUUUGCGCGCGUUUAUCGAGAAUAUUUAUUCCAAGGGUGAAGAAGAGCUGAAAACGAGAAUGGGGAACACUGAUAGUGCUCACGACGUGGAAAUGAGCUCGCUGUCGACAAUGGAAGACGAUCAUCUACACAUUGGGAAAACGCCAAUGCGCCCGAUGAUAGCGGAAUACGAGCCAAAGAAGCAAGGUGUGAAAACAGAGCUCUCAGACGUAAUGCUUGUCAAACAGUAUAAACUCCGGGCAUAGAUUCGGGCUCUAUGAAAGUGCUCUGCAAAUAUAAUGAAAGAGAAUAAAAAAAAAAAGAUACUAUCAUUGAGAAAAAAACUAAAAAAAUAUGACAUUAUCGGAUUGUUGCUCUAACACUUAUUUUGGUAAAAAACUCACACAGCGACGAUACGACAAUCGACACGACGCUAACUUAUGACUUGUAAUUAUUCAAAAAAAUGUUUUGCCAAUGUAAGUAGAUUUCUAGGUAUCGCAACAGUUAUUUUUGCAUCUCGUAAAGCAUUGUUUGUAGAAUGUAGAAUUUAUAGCAGAAAAUUCUAAUAAUACCUCUUGGCAAAUUUAGAUCGCACUGCUAAAUAUUAAUCACCGCACUUAUGUUAGAUAAAUAUAUAAGUUUCUAUGCUACAAUUAGAACGAUUUUUAUGAGAAACAAUUUCAGUCAAACUUUACAACUUAUAAAUAAUAAUCUUAACAUGGAUAGACGUCAGACAGAAACAUUGUUUUCUAAAUUUCAUUAACAGUUGAGAUAUAAAUUCCGUCCUCGAACUCAUUUAUAUCGAUUAAGCAUACAAUAAAAAAGCGCAAAUCAUUUAUCUGUCUCAGAGUUUAAUUUCUCUUCAUCUAGAAAAUUGCUGCUGCAGUUGCAAGAUCAUUUUUUUGAGUGAUAAGACGCGACGUUAUCAGACAGUUGUAAAAUCCUUCGUUAAAAGCCGAGACAUUGGCAUCUUUCUGAUUUGGUAAAUGAUAUAGAUCGCUCGACUAUGUGUGUAAAAAAAAAAAAAGAAAAAAAGCGGAAACAAAAAAAAAUAACACUCGGCCAAAAGUGCGAAAAGUUCGGCAAGCAAAGGAGGCUUGUUAGUCGUCGUACUGCGUCGUGGCGCUGGGCGUCGCGGUGAUGCAGUGCGGUGGUUGCAGCUGCCCCUCUAAUGUUUUGCACGACUACCGAAGAGAAACUACCGCACCUAAAAAAUAUGGAUACAAAUGCGAGAAAAAUGACGUGCCCAUUACGGUCACAAAUGGCUCGACCUUGCCACUCGUGGAGCGACCGACCGAUGAAGAAGCCGACCUUUACAACCCAUUCGAACAUCGUAAACUUGUCCAUCCAACCUCGGACCUCGACACGCUUAUACAUCUGCUCAAGGGGAGUCUGGGCACAGGCAUACUCGCGAUGCCGAUGGCUUUUCGCCAUGCCGGUCUCAUUUUUGGUCUUUUCGCUACAUUUUUUAUCGGUGCAGUUUGCACAUACUGCGUACAUGUAUUGGUUAAAUCCGCCCAUGUCCUGUGCAGACGGUUACAGACACCUAGUCUGAACUUUGCUGAUGUGGCAGAAGCUGCUUUUCUAAUAGGACCCGAGCCCGUUCAAAAAUACGCCAGACUUGCCAAAGCGACGAUUAACUCGUUCCUAGUAAUUGAUCUGGUCGGUUGCUGCUGUGUAUAUAUUGUCUUCAUCUCAACUAAUGUUAAGGAAGUUGUAGACUAUUAUACGGAAACAGACAAGGAUCUACGGCUGUACAUGGCGGCGCUUUUACCGCUACUCAUUAUUUUCUCUCUUGUGAGAAACCUUAAGUUCCUCGCGCCAUUCUCGAUGGUAGCGAAUAUAUUGAUCGCCACUGGCAUGGGUAUCACCUUCUACUAUAUCCUCGGUGAUCUACCCACCAUCAGUGAUGUUCCAAAUUUUGCUAGUUGGUCCGAACUGCCCAUCUUUUUCGGCACUGCUAUCUUUGCCCUCGAAGGCAUCGGUGUCGUCAUGCCGCUAGAAAAUAAUAUGAAGACACCAUCGCAUUUUAUCGGCUGUCCGGGUGUUCUCAAUACUGGCAUGUUUAUUGUUGUAUUGCUAUACAGCACUGUCGGUUUCUUCGGUUUCUGGAAAUAUGGCGAGAACACAAAAGCCUCCAUAACGCUUAAUCCUCCACAAGAUGAAAUACUAUCACAAUGCGCCAAAAUAAUGAUAGCUGUUGCAAUUUUUCUUACUUACGGACUUCAAUUUUAUGUGCCCAUGGAAAUUAUAUGGAAAAAUACAAAACAGUAUUUCGGUUCUCGGCGAAUGUUGGGCGAAUAUCUCCUUCGCAUUUUAUUGGUAAUUUUCACUGUUUGCGUAGCAAUCGCUAUUCCUAAUCUAGGCCCGUUCAUCUCACUUGUCGGAGCCGUAUGCCUAUCCACAUUGGGUCUUAUGUUCCCAUCGGUGAUCGAAUUGGUGACCAGCUGGGAAUUGGAGAACGGUCUCGGCAAAUGGAACUGGCGGCUGUGGAAAAAUAUCGCCAUCAUUGCCUUUGGUAUUUUGGGUUUCGUUACUGGCACAUACGUCAGUAUACAAGAAAUUCUUGAAGGCAAAUGAGGCACCAAAUUCGACGCGAAGAGCGGUCCAACUAUUCGUGAAUACUGCUCAUCGUCUGAUACUAUUUACACGAUGCCUUUCGCGUGGAUGUGAUGCUAUUGGCAGAUGAGGUAUCAGCUUAGGAACAGUAUCCCCUUUCGAGUUUUUACACUCUACUUAUAGCAAUGACUAUGACUAUGACUAUGACUGUGACAAUAACGAAGAAGAUAACGAA